UUAAGCCCGCUUUGCCUACCCCGUCCAACGUUUCCCUCCCCUCCGUCCCACUUUACCUAGCACAGCCCAGGAGGAGCUAGCGGUAGCCGAGCUAGCUAAGCUACGGUGCGCGCACGCGCUCGACCUCGCCAUGCUGGAGAAUCAGAGCCAGGCGGAGGUUCUGUGGCCGAGGCUGGUGGCCAACAAGCUCUUCAGGAAGCCCUCCGGGAGCCACGCCUUCGUCGCCGACUUCCCCGCGGCCGCCGGCGCCGCGGAGGAGGAGUUCGACGCGUGCGGCAGCCCCGACGCCGACGCGCAGCGCUGCGUGAAGCGCCCGCGGCCGCAGCAGCGGAACAAGACGCUCAAGUACAGGCUGUUCGCCAGCACGUGGAACGUCGGCGGCGUGGCGCCACCGGACGACCUCGACCUGUCCGACUGGCUCGACACCAGGAACGGCACCUACGACAUCUACGUCCUCGGAUUUCAGGAGGUGGUGCCGCUGAGAGCGCGGAACGUGCUGGGCGCGGACAAGAACCGCAUCGGCAUGCGGUGGAACGAGCUCGUGCGGGCCGCGCUGAACCGGUCGUCGCCGUCGCCGUCGCCGGGCGCCACCGGGGGAGGGGAGAAGCAGAAGGUGCACCCGGUGAGGGACGGCGCCGGCGGCCUGCAGUCGCGUGACUUCCGGUGCGUGGUGAGCAAGCAGAUGGUGGGCAUCCUGCUCACCGUCUGGGUCCGCGGCGACCUCCGCCGCUUCGUCCGCCGCCCCAGCGUCUCCUGCGUCGGCUGCGGCGUCAUGGGCUGCCUCGGCAACAAGGGUGCCGUGUCCGUGAGGUUUUGGCUGCGUGACACGAGCUUCUGCUUCGUGUGCUGCCACCUCGCGUCCGGCGGCAGGGAGGGCGACGAGGCGCACCGCAACGCCGACGCGGCGGAGAUCCUCCGGCGGACGAGCUUCCCGCGGCGCCACUGCUCCUCCUCCUCCCCGUCGCUCGCCUCGCCCCACAAGAUUCUAGAUCACGAGUAAGUACAUCGAUCGUCCUGCACUAAUUACCUUCGUGCGCUCCGUGCAUGCCGCAAGUCGAUCAAAUCCGUUUGGUUUGCUGCCU